AUGCCGUCUCCUCCGUUUGCCGACAGCGAUGAAGAGGAAAGCCUUCUGUCCCGAGGCGGCGAUAGGGCUCGCCGCCUGUGGUCCGGCUUCAUUGACUUUGCCAUGCAGGGCAACAUCCUCGAGAUCGCCUUCGGUCUGAUCCUAGCCGCUGCCUUCACCGGCCUUGUCAACUCUUUCGUCGCCAACAUUCUCAUGCCGCCGCUGUCCGUCAUCUUCCCCCUCAACCACAACAUGGAGGAGAAGUUUGCGGUUCUCAAACCUGGACCUGACUACAACCGCGAGGACGGCUACACCACGCUCGCGCGCGCAAAGGAUGACGGCGCUGUCGUCUUGGCGUAUGGUUCAUUCUUCAACCAACUCGUCAGCUUCUUCUGCGUGGGCCUCUCCCUCUGGGGCCUCGCCCACUUCUACCAGCUCUUCUCGACCGACCCCAUCAUCAAGCACACGAAAAAGUGCAAGUACUGCAGGAAGCGUGUCAACGAAGUGUCGAUUCGUUGCAUCAACUGCACAAGCUGGCUCGAUGGGCGCGAGGAUCGAGUGCGCUACUGA